AUGAAGUUUGCUGUCUCGUUCUGGUCUCUACUUAUUGCCGGCGCGGCCGCGUCGAACGUCCUUGACCUUGUCCCGGAUAACUGGGACGAGGUUAUUGGCAAGGGCAAGCCCGGUCUUGUCGAGUUCUUUGCUCCCUGGUGUGGACACUGUAAGAACCUCGCACCAACAUACGAACAGCUCGCGGAUGCCUUUGCCCACAAGAAAGACAAGGUCAUUGUCGCGAAGGUCGACGCGGACGGCGAGGGCCGACCACUCGGCCAGCAGUACGGCGUGACCGGCUUCCCCACGCUGAAGUGGUUUGAUGCUGAGGGUAACGCCGAGCCGUACGACGGCGCACGCGAUCUGGAUGCUCUUGCCGCCUUUGUCUCCCAGAAGUCCGGUGUCAAAUCCAACAUCAAGCCUCCGCCUCCGCCCGCAACCCUCAUCCUCGACACGCACACCUUCGACGACGUAGUAUUGAACCCGGAACACGACUCCAUCGUAGCCUUCACCGCUCCCUGGUGCGGCCACUGCAAGAAGCUCAAGCCGACAUUCGAAGAGGUCGCAAAGGACUUCGCAUUGGAGAAGAACUGCGUUGUCGCGAACGUUGACGCUGAUGCCGAGGCUAACCGCCCGCUCGCGGUUAAGUACGGCGUCUCGAGCUACCCGACUCUCAAGUUCUUCCCCAAGGGCGGCGAGCCGAUUCCCUACGAGGGUGCGAGGACCGAAGCUGCAUUCGUCGAGUUCUUGAACGAGCACUGCGGUACGCACCGCACCGUUGGCGGCGCGCUCAACGACCUCGCGGGUCGUCUGCCUGAUUUCGAUGAGAUCGCGAGCAAGUUCUACUCUGCGGAGGAGAGCGCGCGUCAGACGAUUCUUGCUGAGGCUGCUACGCUUGCGGAUACUGUUGGUCCUGCUGCGAAGCAGUACUUGCGCGUCAUGGAGAAGGUCGUGAACGGCACUGGCGAUUACCUCGAGAAGGAGUCAAAGCGCCUCUCGUCGAUCCUCGCGAAGCGCACCAUGGCUCCGGCCAAGCUUGACGAAUUGAAGGUCAAGGCGAACAUCCUCGCCGCCUUUGCUGAGAAGAAGGUCGAGGAGGUUAUUGAGGAAGUUACGAACACGGAUGAAGUGCGCCACGAGGAGCUCUGA